AUGCAAGGCGGCCAGCAAGGCGCCUCCCCAGAGUACGACCCGCUCCAAUUUGCCUCCGAGCUGGACACAAGUUCCGCCACCUUGCAUCGGUCCUUGAGUGAGGCCACUCAGACGAGCGAAGACGAUGACCAGAGGUUGGCAGAAUACGACGACCUCCUCGUCCUAAACACCGAGUUUAAUGAUGACCUGCCCGAGCCGGAUAUGCCUGCGCUCGCGCCACCAACGGAGCUGCCCAUUCCUCUCCACCUUACAGCAGGGUGCGCCGGCAAACCCACUCAAGGAGUGUUAGACGGCUACAUCAUGGCCUUAGGAUCCAUCCUCAAAAACGCCGUCAACCAGCUCGCGAUCAACGUGACGCUCUGCAGCAAACUCAGCGCCCACGGAGUCCUGUGGGCCGUCCAAGAGGCCUGGCCACAAGCCGAGCACUACUGGAAGGUAACGGCGUCCCUGCAGGGCUUCUUCGAGGUCGAGAUGUGGCGUAACUUCCCAUGCGCGCAGACCUUCGGCGCCUUGCACCCGGCCUACCGUCCCACGCGGCUACAGCUCUGCACGCCGCACCCACCCAUCAUCGACUGGCUCCCCUGGCCCGAUCUGCGCGACAAGCUCAUCGAGCAACAGCACCAGUUUCCCGACGUCGACAUGGUCUGCCGAACCGCCAUCCACAACGUCGUAGCACACCGCCGCACACCUGCAGCGCGUACGCCAGCCGCCGACUCCGACACCACCGCUAUCGCUGGCACAUCCUUCCGCGUCUGGGAUCUCUGCACGCUCGAAGAGCAAGCCGGCUUCUCUUCCCGCCCCGCCUCCAACCCCUCCACCACCACCACCACCUCCCAAUCCCCCUUCACCCAGCCGAGCCUAGUCUACAAGCCGCGCUCCGCGCCCGUCACAGCCCUGGCGCGCGCCUACCAACUCGAAUACGACGAGUUGAGCACGCAGAAGCUGCACGGCGUCUUCUUCGACACAUACCCUUCACUGUACUGCGAGAGCAUUGUCUCGCGCUAUCAGGUCCGCCACCUGCCGGCCGUCGCGAUCCAGCAUGAGCCGGUGCUGGGCCGCCCGAAGGCGCUGGGUCCGGGUGCUAUGGCUCGUUUGAGAGCUGUGCUGGAGGAGGAGUUGUUGCUGGCUUCUCCUUGA